GUGGAGUUAAAACCUGUCCACUAUCCCACAGUUCAGACACAGGACCAGUUCUUCACUGACAUCCACAGUGAGAUAGCUGUCACCAAAAAGAUGGAGGGAGAGAGUAGAAAGAAAAAACCAGGUAUCAAAGAGCAACCAGCCAGCACGGGUCCACUGACAACCCAACAACUGGCAGCUAUAGAGGAUGAAGAAAUCCUCAAUAAUAUGCUAGAUAAGGCUGUGGAUUUCGAGGAGAGGAAAAUGAUUCGGGCUGCCAUGAUAGAACUGCUCAAGAGGAAGAGGGAACGGAGAGAUCAGGAGCGGGCAGCCCGGAUGGAGCACUUGCUUCAGCAGGGCAGUGGAGGCAAGACAGCUGCUGGACUGAAAGGAGACCAGAAACCUGCUAAUGGCCAGAGCGGUGCUCAGUACAACCCACACAGAACAGCACAGGCAAAGACAUUUUCACCACCAACCUCUAGUUCCUUUCCAAAAACUGUGGGCAGCCCGGCUCAAGCCCACAAGUCCAGGGUUAAAGUGCAGCAUGGCUCGGCAGCCGGUGGCCCGAACACCAAAGAUGUCAAACAGAUGCUACUGGACUGGUGCCGGGCCAAGACUGAACCAUAUGAGGGUGUGGACAUCCAGAAUUUCUCCUCUAGCUGGGCAGAUGGUCUGGCGUUCUGUGCCCUGGUACACAGGUUCUUCCCCGAGGGCUUUGAAUACAGCACCCUCGACCCUUAUGAUCGCAGGUCUAACUUUGAGAAGGCAUUCAAGGCUGCAGAGAGGCUAGCUGACUGCUCUCCACUGCUGGACGUUGAUGACUUAAUGCGAAUGCGAGAGCCUGAUUGGAAGUGUGUGUACACGUAUAUCCAGGAGUUCUACCGCUGUCUUGUAGAAAAAGGCCUUGUCAAGACUAAAACAAAGACGUCAUAAGAACGUACAUUUGUGCAUAUUUUCACUGACCAAAAUACUAUGAUAGGCAUGUACCAUAGCACACGUGAUCUGACCAACAUGACCACACGGGAAACUACCAUGUUAUUUUUGCAUUUUUUUUCCCAUUUAAAUUUGAACCCAAUGUGUCUAAUUCCCAACAAGAAUUCCAUACAGUGAAUGUUUAUGCCCUGAAAAUCACUCACACUGUGCCUUUGAUGUCACAUCCCUUUGAUCUCCGGCUAACGAGAACAUUUGCAAAGAAGUAAGUGAAAGAACUGAUUUGGUCUCAAAACAUCCAUUCAAAGGUUUCAUGCAUAUAAUAUUUGCUCAUGUCUUGCACUUGCGCAAAAGGUGCACAUGCGCACAACUGUAGUUACAACUUCAUCCACUGGGGGGCAAGUCGAAAAACAUACACCAAUUUUAGCAGACAAAAAAUUCUAUCUCCUGAUGCCGAUUUUCUUGUGAGAUCAGUCUGACCCAACCUGAAACCAAUUUGACCUAAGAUCAGAUAAACUUUUUUUUCGCACUUAUUUUAUAUGUUUAAACCCCUCUCAUGUUUAAUGUACGUGCACAUGCAAUGGAUGAGGAUUAUAACCUGUGUUUGGCACUAGGGUAUAUCUGGGGCUCUGAAACAGUGAAUUCCACUGAGAUUACACAUGCAUUAAUCUCUCUCUAUGCUCUGAGAUUGUGUGAAAGUAUGUGUGUGUUUAUGUGGAUGUGGCUUUUUAUGGUACUGCUAUUCCCUGUUUUGAAUGCACUCCAACACAAAGACAUCAGGCUUAUAAGGGCAUAAGAUCUAAUGUGGAAUUAGGCUUAACCCAGAUUUAUCUGUUGUUUAAAAAAUAUAGACAGGGGCACUUUAACCAUUAUAUAAAAGAUUUCAGAAAAGAAAGCAAAGUCUUAAACCCUCUAAAAUGUCUAAUUUGUCCUUACUGGAAUAGGAAUGUCACCUAGCGUUCAAGCAUUCAGGUGCAUUGAUGAUAUUUGCUGAUGGGUGAAAUAGGACAGUUUAUGGUUUCCUAUUUCCCUCAUCUAGUUCAGGAUCACAAGUCUAUCUUGCUAAGCAUCUGCAAGGCUGAAUAAAUUGUAUUGUACCCUAUAAAUGCACUAAGAGAGCUAAGGCCCAGUAUAACCUCACUCAGGGAUAGGCAGGUUCACGAAGCCUGUGUGAAGCCUGUAAGUCUUGUUUCAAAAGGUCAAUGCUAAUUUUCAAUGCUUUUAAAACAUCCUUGACCUGCUGCAUAGCUAACCUGUUAAGUGCACUCUAGAUAUGUAUUUCGAAUAUAGAUAUUGAUACUCCCAUUCAAGCUAAUAAAAUUGCUGCAUUAUAUAUACAGUAUUAUUGUCUCAGUUGCUUUGUAAAGUUAUGGAAUCACAGUUGCUGUCAAUUUUUAUCACUGUUCUGGUUCAAUUAAAUUAUUUUCCUCACUG